CUGAGCAAAUGUCACACCCGCAUUGUAGGACAAAGAAUAAUAUUUAAUUAAUAAAAUAUUUUUAAGAAUAAGACGUAUUUCAAUGGAAAUAAAAGAGCUUGAAGAAAAAUCACAGUUCGGAAACCGGUUUCUCACUAACCCUAAUGAUGUUUUUCAGCAUAAUUCCUGGGAUCAUGUAACAUGGGAUAGCGACCAAGAGGAAUCUGCUAAGCAACGUGUUUUUGAAAAUAGUAAUGUUACACUUAGUCAAGCACAAAUAGAUAAAUAUGAAAUGGAUGCUUAUAAGUUUUGGGAUGAAUUCUAUGACGUUCAUCAAAAUCGUUUCUUCAAGGAUCGCCAUUGGCUUUUCACUGAAUUCCCAGAGCUGGCUCCAAUAAAUACCAAAAAUGCUCCUGAGAGAGUAUAUCCCGAUAAUGCAGAGAUAAUUAAUAAGAAACAUGAGAAUAUUGGUGUCGGAGAAUAUAUGACUGGCCGAAAAAUUUUUGAAAUAGGAUCUGGAGUAGGAAACACAAUCUUCCCAAUUUUAAGAUAUAGUAUUGAAACUGAUAUAAUGCUGUAUGCAAGUGACUUUAGUGCAAAUGCUAUCAAAAUUUUGAAAGAAAGUCCAGAAUACGAUGAAAAAAGAUGUCAAGCAUUCAUAUUGGAUGCCACUUUGAAUGAUUGGAACGUUCCUUUUGAUGAAAAUAGUUUAGACAUCGUAGUUUUGAUAUUUGUUCUCAGUGCAAUCGAUCCAAAUAAAAUGGGACACGUAAUUAAACAAUGUUUUAAAUAUUUAAAACAUGGUGGUCUACUUUUAUUUAGAGACUAUGGACGUUAUGAUUUAGCACAACUAAGGUUCAAACAAGGAAAAUGUUUAAAAGACAAUUUUUACGUACGUGGGGACGGAACUAGAGUGUAUUUCUUCACCCAAAAUGAAAUUAGAGAGUUAUUCAAAUCUGCUGGUUUUGAAGAGGAACAAAACUUGGUUGAUAGACGACUACAAGUAAAUCGAGGAAAAAUGCUUAAAAUGUAUAGAGUAUGGCUUCAAGCAAAAUAUAGGAAAAAUUAAAAUACAAAAAUAUAUAAAUGAU